AUGCAUUCCUCAUACUUACUUAUUUUCCUUGUGAUCUUAGAGCUUUUGUAUAUUUCUUUUGUAUCUUCCGAGCUCACAUACCGACCCGGGAAGCAUCUUCCCGCGGUCGACCAAUCUAAAUCACGCGACCGAAUGCCGCGCACGACCCCACCGUGCAAACAGGGAGGCAUCGCCUCACGACCAUGCGACACGACCCGUAUCACGCGCACGACCGCACCGUCCGACCAGGAAGGCCUCGUCCCGCGUCCGGCCGAAUCCUUCGACCAAUAUCAUCCGUCCGGCCGAACCCGACGAACGAACGAAUAA